GAUAUAGUGAAUGCAGGGUCCGGGGAGAGUGGAUAUAGCGAAUGCAGGGUCCGGGGGAGAGCGGAUAUAGCAAAUGCGGGGUCCGGGGAGAGCGGAUAUAGUGAAUGCAGGGGUCCGGGGAGACCGGAUAUAGUGAAUGCAGGGUCCGGGGAGACCAGAUAUAGUGAAUGCAGGGUCCGGGGAGACCAGAUAUAGUGAAUGCAGGGCCCGGGUAGACCGGAUAUAGUGAAUGCAGGGUCUGGGGAGACCGGAUAUAGUGAAUGCAGGGUCCGGGGAGACCAGAUAUAGUGAAUGCAGGGCCCGGGUAGACCGGAUAUAGUGAAUGCAGGGUCCGGGGAGA